AGUGGUACGAUUUUAAUUUUGAUACUUCUUGACCUGAACCUUACUUUCCAUAUUCGCCUUGGUAUUUAAUGCGCUUUAAUCACCUUUAUUAUUUUCGUCUAUAUCAUCGUACGUAUGAAAUCUAUAUCCGUACAAUGAUGAUUGCUUAAUAAUAAGAUAAACAUUAUUAGAUUAUAUUCCUUUAGAAUAUAAAUAUUCAGUUUGAAAUAUAUCAAAAAGCUUCCAAUAUUAGUUAUCAACUGACUACAAAUAAUUUUUGAUUUAAUAUAAGAGAUGGUUUGCGUGUGAAUUCUCAUUCGUAAUGUUAUUUUAAAUUCGUAGCUAUUUGUUGACUGCAAUGGUAAUACUUAACUAUCUGAUUUUAUUUACAGAACUUCGACUGACUCUUUUAUGCAUUUUUGAUAUAAUUUUUCUUGUUCAAAAUUUACCGCAAUAAUAUGUAUUUCAAGCAAUUGUAUACUAAAAGAUAACCAUGAAAACAAGCAGAGAAGGAUUGAAGCAUAUUUCUCAUUAUAAUUGACUUGAAUUAUCUAUAACAAGUAAAUAGGGAAUCAAUAUUUGGACAUAGGCAGAUAUUACAAUACAGAUAUGGGGGAAUACAUGCUCUAGGAUGCGUCGGAUAGUGUUAACAAUUUAAUGUGUGAGUGUGACUACAAUGUGGUCGAAUAUAUUAACGAGAACCAAUUUUUGGUGGUUGGAAACGCAACUAUAAAUAAUCUAUGGUUUUAUUGUUUUGAAAUAGAUGAGCAAACAAUUUCAUAUCUAGCAAGCUCACACUUAAUCUAAUAUAUUAGUUUUGGAGCUCAUUUUUGAGCGGAAUGUUCAACAACACCGCCAGGGUUGAUCCUGUGGCUUGUUUUAUCGUCAGCGCAAAAAAAUGUAACGACUUCUAAGGCAGUAGUGUGCUAAAGUUUACUGAUAUGUGUCAUACACCUUACUACUGCUUUUUUGAAUAAUAAGUAUAGAUCUAUUUUCAUCAAUCUAGAAUAGACGGCAUCUAAUGAAUUAGAAUUCAUGCUAAAAAUAUUUCUUCUUGUUUAUUUAAAACCAACGUUUAUGCAAAAUUUAAGACACUAUAAUCAAUCGAAUGCAUUUUAUAUUGGUUGCUUGGGUCCUUUUUAUUGAUGGCUGAGGAGUACAAUUUAUCAGUAUACACGUCUGGCGAGCUCCAAGUAGGACGAAACGCGUGUUCUGGAUUUCACUGUUGGCCAAAAUUCAUCUCUGCCUAUAGGAAGUUUUUAAGCUAAAUUAUUUAAAAAAUUAAAAUAUUGAUGACUGCACUUACUAUGGUUGAACAGUACAGCAUUGGUUUUGUAACUGCUCAAAUAAUUCAAAAAAUGUUUUCUAAAUUUAGGACAAACAGUGAAUAACAGAACUUAACGUUGUAGUAAGUUUAAAGCAUUGCACAACAGAGUUUAUAAAGUAUGCCAUAACUUUAAAUAGUGUAAAUGUUAUAGAUCGUCAAUGUACGUAAUAUGUGUGGAUAGUCUUAAUCUACUUACGGGUUGGCGACCUCACUCUACAACGGUUUUUACUUACUAAAACGCGUGUUUCAUGGAGUAACGAAAUGUCUUAAGGAUUAAAAACAUGUGCUUUUAAUUCUGUUACGUAUAUUUAGAAAUUAACACACCUGGUAGACACUUUUGAUAAACUUGAAGUAUAUCCGGUCAGAAAGUAAAUUUGAGUUGGUAAGUUGGUUUUACGAAUCUGAUUAGUACUUAGUUUAUACUUGACACGUGUCUGCAAAAACUUUGCAGUCUACUGGCUUGAUGGAUUCUCAAGAAAUCCCUUGAAAUAUUAAUCAACAGCAAGGUUUAAAAGCUGUUAUAUAAUAAUACGGUCUAGCGGUCUAUGUAUUUAAGUGGUGCUAUCUAUUUUUCAGUGGACUACAAAUGGUGUGUUAUUUACAAUACUAAUGAAUUUAAAAACGGUGAUUGUACGUAUCUGCUAUGCUUUUUAUACUAUUUAAUAAGAGUUGUAAUAAUUUCAUACUUUCAUUUCAAAGAUAUGUCAUUCACAGUGAUUGUGUCUACGCUGAGGCUGAAAAUUCAUUCCUUAGACAAGUUAAUAGAAUUUUUAAUAAGGACACCAGAUAGCAAUGCUUGACAAUCUGGUAUUAAAAGUUUACUUAAGUAUCCUAACACGGAUUCAUAUCGUAAGAACAUAAUGUAAGUAAUUAUUAAAUGUUUUAUGCGUGGUCAAAACUCUCGGAUGCGCCAAAAGCAUAAUUAAGUAGCCACAAAUAAACCAGACUUUCAGAACAGGAUAAGGCUAUAUAUGCACAUGAGGGUAUUUUUAGAUUUAGAAUUAAGAGCGUGAUAACUUGUUAAUCAAUUAUCAUUUUAUUCAGACACCACAGAUUCUUAACAACCUUGAAUUAUUUCAUCUUUGACGAAAUCUGAUAACUAGUAAAUGUUUAUGCACAUGACUAAAAGAGUCAAGUACAAUUUAAAGUUGUUAUUCUAUUAGAAGUUCAGUCGGCGAUGAGUAACAUGUUUCUCACAUCAUUUUACACACCAUCUUUAGCUUCGACGAAAAUGUAUGAUGUGCUUUUGAAAUGAAAUACAGAGGCAACUUUAAUGGCUGUUUGAAACUGUUUUGUCAGUUACGAGUUGUUCUUCAUAUUAAAAAUAAGGAACAUUUACGUGAAAUAUUUUAGAACACAUUCAAUCCUAUAACUUUGAAUAUUUUGACUGCAUUUAUGUUAGGAUACAGAACUCUUAGUAUCUUGAAAAAUAAAAAUCAGUAAUUCUAAAUGCCAAUGUACAAAAAUCCUGUUUUUUCGUAUAAGUAGUAAUUAAUUUAUAUUUUUAUAAAGCAAACGUUUGCUAAACUGAUUCUCACUUUGCUUUAUGAGAGUAAGUAUAUUGUGACAUCUAAAAAUCUUAGUCCAGUUAAUAAAAUUAUUCCACAAACUUCCUAUUACGUAUUUUAUACAAAUAUAGAACUUUACUCCUGUAAAAUUUGUAGUUGCAUUUAAGGCAAUUAAAGCUCAAGUAUGUGCAAUCUGGAAUAUUGGUAAAAGUAACUUUAAUAAUUAUUUAAAUAUAACUCUUGGAUGAUAAAUAAACUGUCGAAUGACAAACUGACUCUGAAAUAGUCAUGAAAACACAGGAACUGAUAAACACAUCAAACAAGAAAUAAAACAAACCUUUGCAUCUCUGACUACUCUCAAAUUAACUUGUACGUACGGAAGGCUUAAAUAACAGAUGACCUUUAUUUGUCUAUCUUACAUAUUUAUCUAAGUCAGGUCAUGCUCAUUUGUGUACUUCAAGUUUAUCAUAAUUGUUCCUUGUAAAAUAACAGUUUAUUUUUCUCAUUUUGGUUUUUGGCUUUUUUGAUGUUUUGAAUUUUUACUAGUAAAUAUUUUUAAAUAACAUUUUUGGGAGCUUCAUUACAAAUAAUUAACUGAGCGUUACGUCAUAUGCCAAUAGCCAAUUCUCGAUUAGAACGUUUACAGAUAAGGAAGCUUCUUCAGUGUGUAAAUAGUAAAGACGUCGACCAAAUAAAGAAGUUGAUUGAACAUGGGGUGCCGAAUCUUAUCAAUUAUAAUGAUCCAGAUAAUGGUGCAACGGCUGUAAUUUCAGCCGUCAAGUCGGAUGACAUUUACACAAUUGAAUUUCUUCUUUUGAAUGGCGCAUGCAUAGACAUAGUAGAUUUUGAUGGUAAAACUGCCCUAAUGACGGCAGCUGAACUUGGAAACGUGAAUAUCUUACAGAAAUUGCUUGACAAAGGUGCCAACAGGAAUGCAAUUGAUUUCAAUGAAAGAACCGCAUUAUUCUAUUGUAUUUCACCAACCGAUGAGCAUUUGAAAUGCUUAGGCUUAUUACUAGACAAAAGUAUGCUCAUUAAUAAACAGGACCUUGAUGGACAAACAGCAUUGCACGUUGCAUGUAAAAGAUCUAUUGAAAAUGAGAAGUUCAUUCUUGAAUUACUGAACCAUGGCGCUAAUCCAAACAUUUAUUCGAAAAAUGGCAAAACUUCAUUUUUAGAAGCAUGUGGAACAGGUAGUAGUAUCUCAGUUACAGCAGCAUUACGUGCGGGAGCAGAUCUAAAUUCUUGUGACAAAGAAAAACAAAGUAGCGCUCACGAAGCUGCUAAAAAUGGUCAUUUAAAGGUGUUGUUUGUACUUUCUGCAUUUGGAUUCGACUUCAAUGUUCUUGAUAACGAUGGAAAUAAUCCAUUACAUAUGGCUGCUAAAGUCAAUGAAAUGUGUUGUAAAUUUCUUGGACAAAGAGGUUGUGAUGCAAAAGUAAAAAAUGCAAAUGGAAAAUUACCUCGAAACAUUGCUAUUGAUGAAGGUAAAAAAUUGUGUGCCAAAGAACUACGUAAACUAGAACGUGUAACCAGUAAAACAUUAAAAAAUGCAGAAUUCUGGGCCAUUAGACUAUACGAUUGGUCAAUUGUAUUUGCAAAUGAUUUAAGAGAACGUUUCAUUGAAAUUAGUCAGCGAUUAUCAAGUGCUUUAGAAGAACAAAAAGAAGAAAAUUCAAGUGUUUCAAGAGAGUUAGACAGUAGAAAUGAUUUUCAAGUUAGUGAACAAAGUUUAAUCACAGCAGUACAUGCUUCUGAUCAACAAGAAUCAGAUAAAUUAAGCAAGAAAACCAGUUCCGGUAAAAAGAGAAAACGAUCGAAAAAACGUAGUACAAGCCGUUCCAGAUCUAGAAAAGCAUCAAACACAAGAAUUCCUAUAGAAGAUUUCACAUCAGUAAUUAGUUCGUUAGAUGGACCAAUUAAUGAGAUAAUUAGUAAAAAAUUACUUACUUUACAUGAGAAAAAUGCAGAUGGUUGUAUUGAUUGGGAAGAGUUUCUGACUGGAAAAAAAUAUUUGAAUAAAAAUUACUUAGUAUCGGCCUUUGAGAAGAAGAAAGGUAAAAAGAAAAAAAGAAAAGGUGGUAAAGGUGGUAAACGCAGAAAAAUACCUAUGAAUAUUUGUACACUACCAUCAGAGGCUAUUUAUCGUCGUGCAGAUGGAGGUCCCUCUAUAAUGUACAUUCCUAAGGAGAUUCAUCCCCUUGAUUUAAAUCGUUUCGAUGCAGACCAUCCACCUAUGCAUCCUUUGCAAGAUGAUUCUGUUUGGUAUAUAGAUACUCCAAGACGUCAGUAUAUAAGUUUUCAUUCUGCAGCUUUACAUAAUGACAUGGAUUCAAUUCGUUUAGCUUUAUCUGAAGGAUAUAACAUUGAUACAAGAGAUAAAUUUUAUAAAACGCCUUUAAUGAUAGCAGCACAUCAUGGUAAUUUAGACACAGCUAUUGAACUUAUCAAAUUAGGAGCAAAUGUUAAUGCACGUGAUAAUUUCCGUUGGACACCAUUACAUCAUGCAGCUCAUUCAGGAAUGAUUGAUAUGGUUGAAUUAUUAUUAAAUAAUGGUGCAUUAAUUGAAGCAAAAGCAUUAAAUGGUGCAACACCAUUAUUUCGUGCUAUUGAAUGUUCAAGACUUAAUGUAGUCGAUUACUUUUUAUCAAAAGGAUCCAAAUUAUUUGUAGAAACACGUAAAGGAGAAAACCCAUAUGUAGUGGCAUUGAAUUGGUCUGAUCCAAGAGUAAUAGAACGUGUACAUGAUAAGUGGGAAUUAGCACAAGAGGCAGCUGAUAAACAGAAGAAACAGGGCAGUGCAAAACGCAAAAGACCAACUACAGCUGGAUCGACUAGUUCAAGUAAACGUUCAGUUUCUCCUACUAGAAAAUUCACUCCACCAAAUAAUUUACCUGGUUUAUAUCCAAAUUUAAUGCAGAAACAUUUUGAUUUAUCUUAUUUAAUUAAACAUACAUAUUCUUUAGAGAAAACUAUAAAUAGACAAGAUAUUCGUAUAUGCCCUCGUUAUCCAUGGCUACCUAAACUAAAUCGUGAGGAAAGAUUAGCUAAGUUAGCUGAAGCACGUGAACGAUAUGGAUGGGAUUAUGGUUUACCUAAUGUACCAUCGCACUUAUUUGAUAAGCAUUUAAUGAAUCGGUUUCAAGAGAUUGAAUUGAACAGUGGAGAACAGUAGGAAACAUGAUGCCAUUUUUUGCCAAUGAUUAUUAUCAUGAAAAGCAUACUUUAUAAUAACAAUAAUAAUAAAAUAAAUUAAUCAAAUUUGAUAAUGAA